UGUAUCUUUUCUUGGAGAAAGAAAACUAAAAAAUACAAAAAAGAUGAGAAAACUCCAACUUAUACUUCUUUAUGCAACCGGAGUCUUUUCUCAACAGUGUUCAGAGGUGCUUGAGCCACUAGGUUUAAAGGAUGCAGAAGCACUUGCAGCUCAUGGAAGCCAUUCUCUAACCCUGAACAUGAUUCAAUACUUCUUCAAUCCGAAGGCAGCUGUAGACAAUGGUAUUCCAACUGUUAACCUCAACAGAUGUGAGAUGCAUGAUUUGCAUGAGAAUGCUCCGUACAGCACAAUGAAAAACAGCUUUGACAAUCCUGCUUUCUUCGCCCUGGACAACAUUCUCAGUAACAUGGAUCAUGAAGAGUAUGGGAUCAUGAAUGCAAACACAUUGGAUCGUAUAGCUCAUGAUCUGCAUAUGAUCCAUAUGUGGGAAGGAGCUGCUUUGUAUUAUCAGGCUCUAGUGACAGCUCCUCCUAAACCUGAUAUUUGCAGUUGUUUUUUAUCAACUUAUUUAGAGGCGAUCAAAGCUAACCUAGAAUUCAUAGCAAAGGAAAUUAGGAUCCCCAAUCAACUCUCUGCUCAAAACAACAAAGGUGUGAAGAAAGGUGGUAACGAGCGUGCUCACUAUCUCGGAGAAUAUCUUGGAAUAUAUCUUGGAAGAUACAUUGGAGUUUACACCCUUGAAUCAAGAACGAUCAAUGAGAAACGUUCUGGAAAUGAGACAGCUAUCAAGAAGAAAGGAGGUGCUGAUGAUCACAAGCUGGAUCUGUACAGUGGGAAUAUUGUGGAUGAGAAGAGCUGGGCUAAAUGGAAGGAAAUGAUGCAGGAUCCAGACUCUCAAUACAUGGAGAAUAUGGGGAGGAGUUUAUCCCUCUAUUUGUACUGUCAAUUGGAGAAAUAAUUGUUUUAUGUUAAAUUCAAAUUGAUUUCAUCAAAUUUUUGAAUAUAAACAACAUUUUUGCAUUAACCAAAACUUUUUAAAAGAUAAUGAUAGAUUUCUUUGAACGGACUAAAUGCAAAUAUACAUGCUCAGAGAAGACA